AUGUCAUUGGCAAAAUCCAUGAAGAUAAACCGUGUGGAAUUAGCUGCUAGUCAAAACACACCAGUUGCAUGGUCUGAUAAUUAUCAAAUAUCGUUAAAUCUGUAUACCAAUUUAAAAGUUUUAGAACCAAGAUUACCCAAUUAUUUUCAAACCAUAAAAGGUAGGGAAGGGAAAAUUAUGUUUGAAACAAAGGAAAUGUUUUCAGAUUCAGAUUUAUUAAAUACUGAGCUGAUUGGGUUGUUACCACUUGGUAGAUUUAAUAAAGUACUUAUUGAAGAUAAUGAAGAAAUGUUAAAUUUAGUUGCAUAUGAUCCUAAUAUUGUUUUACAACAAUGGACACCUAAUUUCGAAAAUUCAAAAGACAGUUUGCUUGGAUUGUUAUUCAAUUCGGGAGAAUUGUUAGUUUUGGGAAGAAAGAAUACACAGAAUGCAAUGGCUGUCAGAAUUAACAUGUUUGAUAUAUUGGCAAACAAAUAUGAAGUUAAAGGAGAUACAGAAAAUAUGUAUGUUCGUUCUGAGGUCUACAAGAAAUUGAAGAUUAAGUAUUUCACCUUUAGCAUUCAUGAUGGAUCCUUGUUAAUGACAAUUGUUGAUCAUAGUAAUUCUUUACUUAUUUUUACAAUCGAUCCUAUUACGUUUGAUACGGAAUUGAAACUCGAAAAACAAGUUGCUAUAGAUAUUAUAAAGAUAAUAUGGUCAAAUAAUAGCAAAUACUUGACAAUAGUUGGAUUUGAUAACUCGUUGACUGUUUUUGAAAUUGCGGAUAAUUUAGAAAAUUCGAAGGAACUUUCAAAAGCUACCAGAUUCAAAAACCAUCGAAAUGAGUACGUGGAAUAUGAUGGUAAAACAUAUUUAGUGUCCACUUUCACGGGGAAAAUUUUCAUUUAUGAAUUGGAACUGUUGGCUUUUAAGGAAAGUAAUACCGAUAACUAUUCAACCCCAACGUCAAUUGUUUCUGGUGUACUCAAUGGAAUACUAACAUUGAUAGUUCCUUUCGAUUCGGGUGAUAUCAUAUCUUUAAAACAUAACCUCAUUACGGGAGAAACAGCCAGAGUUGCAUUGGAUAAAACCCUUAAUGCAUUUAUCACCAAAUCGAUGUAUGCAUUCCAAUCUAAUUCCAAUGAAGAAUCUGAAAAUGUUGAGCCAUGGUUCAGAAUAUUUGCUCUUCAUGCUUUACCCAAUGAUAUUAUAGGUAUGGCAUAUAAGAUAACUCAAAGGGAUACAAUUAAUUACAAAACACCUGGAUUUAUGGAUGUAAGACUUCAGUUUUUAAAAUUGAGUGAACCGAUAGGUAGUGGUAACAAAGUGAAGAACACAUCGUCUGUGGCAAAAGUUGUUGAACUCUGUUUAUCCAAUUAUCAGAAUCUUCCUGUUUUUUCAAACGAUCUUAGUUUAUUGAGAAAGGAAAGAAGUAACCGUUUUAUUGAGCAAAUGAAAACAUAUGCAGAAGAGCAAUUGGUGGCUAUACAACUAGGUACCGAUAUAGAGCCAUUGGGAGAUUUCAAGUCUACUUUACAGCUGAAGUUUAUUCAGAAUCCUCGUGUCAUUGAAGCUCAAUAUCGUUUUGUCUUAGCAAAGUUGUUACAAAGUCCAUUAUACCAGAUUGUACGUGAUAAUCCUGAUGAGAUUGAACCUAUUAUCAAAAAAAUCGAUGAUUACAAACAAUCCAUUGAGAAUUCAAUCGUUGUCUAUUUGAGAAAAUUGAUAUUACGAUUUUAUGAUGGGAAAACAGUUGAGGAUGAAGUUGAUAAGUUUUGCUUGAUUACAAUGUACAACCAACUUAGGAAAUUAAAUUCAGAACUUAAUGUGCAAAUCCCAGAGAAAGCUGAAGUGACAAUCAAUGCCAAAUACUAUUCAGAAACAUUCAAGGUGGGAACUGAUGAUACAAUUCGUGAGAAAUCAACAAUACUGUCGACACUGGGUCAUGGAUGGAUGCAAUGCCAAUUGACCAAUAUACCUUUACUAGCAAUGAAUAAUAAAACCGAUGAAUUGGCUUUAUUUAGAUACAUAAUUCCAGAUGAAAAAAUGGGUAAGAUUACUAAAGAAUUAUUAGAGAUGAUAGAUUUUUGUUAUAUUACAGGAAAUAGAAUCUAUCCCUUGAAAUGA